CCUGUGGAGGACAGGAGGAGAGUUCGAGCAAUUCUACCUUACACCAAAGUGCCAGAUACUGAUGAAAUAAGUUUCCUUAAAGGAGACAUGUUUAUUGUCCAUAACGAAUUGGAAGAUGGCUGGAUGUGGGUUACAAACCUACGGACAGAUGAGCAAGGUCUUAUUGUAGAAGACCUGGUAGAAGAAGUGGGAAGAGAAGAAGAUCCACAUGAAGGCAAAAUAUGGUUCCACGGGAAGAUCUCCAAACAAGAGGCUUACAAUUUGCUGAUGACAGUUGGUCAGGUGUGCAGUUUUCUUGUGAGGCCUUCAGAUAAUACACCUGGUGAUUAUUCACUUUAUUUUCGGACCAGUGAAAACAUUCAGCGUUUUAAAAUAUGUCCAACAUCAAACAAUCAGUUUAUGAUGGGAGGCAGAUACUAUAAUAGUAUUGCUGACAUCAUUGAGCACUAUAGAAAAGAACAGAUUGUUGAAGGAUAUUACCUUAAAGAUCCUGUUCCAAUGCAGCACCAAGAACAAGUGCUUAAUGAUACAGUGGAUGGAAAGGAAAUCUACAAUACAAUUCGUCGGAAAACAAAGGAUGCUUUUUAUAAAAAUAUUGUCAAAAAAGGUUAUCUUCUGAAAAAAAGUAAAGGAAAGAGAUGGAAAAACUUGUACUUUAUAUUAGAGGGAAAUGAUGCCCAGCUUAUUUAUUUUGAAAGUGAAAAACGAGCCACAAAACCCAAAGGACUAAUAGACCUUAGCGUGUGUUCCGUCUAUGGAGUACAUGACAGUUUGUUUGGCAGGCCAAACUGUUUUCAGAUAGUAGUUCAGCACUUUAGUGAAGAGCAUUACAUCUUUUACUUUGCAGGCGAAACUCCAGAACAAGCACAGGACUGGAUGAAAGCUCUGCAGAUGUUUUGCAGUUUAAGAAAAACCAGUCCAGGAACAUCAAAUAAACGUCUGCGUCAGGUCAGCAGUCUCAUUUUGCAUGUAGAAGAAGCUCAUACGCUCCCAGUAAAGCAUUUUACUAAUCCAUAUUGUAACAUCUACCUGAACAGUGUCCAGGUAGCAAAAACACACAUCAGGGAAGGGCAGAACCCUGUCUGGUCAGAAGAAUUUGUCUUUGAUGAUCUUUCAUCUGAUAUUAAUAGAUUUGAAAUAAGUCUUAGUAACAAAACAAAGAAAAGUAAAGAUCCAGAUAUAUUGUUUAUGCGUUGCCAAUUAAGCCGAUUACAAAAAGGACAUGCAACAGAUGAGUGGUUUCAACUCAGUUCCCAUGUACCAUUAAAGGGUAUAGAGCCAGGAUCUUUGCGUGUUCGAGCACGAUAUUCUAUGGAGAAGAUCAUGCCAGAAGAGGAGUACAAUGAAUUUAAAGAGCUUAUACUCCAGAAAGAGCUUCAUGUAGUCUAUGCCUUAUCACAUGUUUGUGGACAGGAUAGAACACUGUUGGCUGGCAUUUUAUUGAAGAUUUUUCUGCAUGAAAAGCUGGAGUCCUUGUUGUUGCGAACACUAAAUGACAGGGAGAUAAGCAUGGAAGAUGAAGCUACUACCUUGUUUCGUGCCACCACUUUAGCAAGUACACUUAUGGAGCAGUAUAUGAAAGCCACAGCAACAAGUUUUGUUCAUCAUGCAUUGAAAGACUCUAUAUUAAAGAUAAUGGAGAGCAAGCAGUCCUGUGAGUUAAAUCCCUCAAAGUUAGAAAAAAACGAAGAUGUAAACACUAAUUUGGCACAUCUACUCAGUAUACUUUCAGAAUUGGUGGAGAAAAUAUUCAUGGCUGCAGAGAUACUGCCUCCGACGUUGAGGUAUAUUUAUGGGUGUCUACAGAAGUCUGUUCAAAACAAGUGGCCAGCUAAUACCACCAUGAGAACCAGAGUUGUUAGUGGCUUUGUUUUUCUUCGACUGAUUUGUCCUGCUAUCCUGAACCCAAGGAUGUUUAAUAUCAUCUCAGAUUCUCCUUCCCCCACUGCUGCAAGAACGCUGACGCUGGUCGCCAAGUCUGUGCAGAAUUUAGCAAAUCUGGUUGAAUUUGGAGCUAAGGAGCCAUAUAUGGAAGGGGUAAAUCCAUUCAUUAAGAGCAACAAACAUCGCAUGAUCAUGUUCUUGGAUGAACUUGGGAAUGUUCCUGAGCUUCCAGACACUACAGAGCACUCUAGAACUGACCUGUCUCGUGAUCUGGCGGCCUUGCACGAGAUUUGUGUGGCACACUCAGAUGAACUCCGGACCCUCAGUAAUGAACGAGGUGUCAUGCAGCAUGUUCUUAAGAAGCUUUUGGCUAUUACUGAACUGCUUCAACAAAAACAAAAUCAGUAUUCAGCGUCAAAUAACAUCAGGUAGCAGCCCUCUUCUACCUGAAUUCUGCAUGGAUCCAGCAUGCCCAACAUGGCAACUCACACCAGUAUCACUUUCUUCUUGCUCUUGCCAAAAAUAGCACACCCUGUCACAUUCCCAGUGAUGUGUGAACUAUGCAAAAAGAAAACAAAGAUUCUGUUGGUGAAUGAUUGUACCAGCAGCUUUUUAAGCUAUCUGUGCAGGACAUUUGCACUUUUUUUCCACUUGGAAACGGUUUUCACAACCUCUGAGCCUUGGUGUACAGUUCACCUUCUGCAAAGAAAAUGCUGUGACUGUGUCCUGAACUUCGAGAAUUAAUUUCAGCACCUCUGAUUGCCAAAGUUUUGCUGUCUUGUUGGAAAAAGAAUUAUCAACUGACAUGAAAAGAAACGCGUUGUUUUGACAGCUACAUAUAACUGGAUAACAUUUCUUACUGUAAUUUCUGACUGGUUACAAUAAUAACGACUUUUGACUGUUUCAACCACUUUAACUUGUAUUUACAGUUUCCAGAAUUUGAUGUUAUGGUAGGAACAAUCUUUACUGUACACUUUUUAUACCAUGCUGUUUCUCUUGCUGGAAUCAUGUUGAAAGAGAAUAUGCAGAAUGGGUCUUGUCAGCUUUAUUUUUUGAUGUGCCACUGAUUCAGUCUGAAUAGUUCUUCCAUCAGGAACUGUAUAUCCAGAUAAAUCACAAUGCUUUUGUAAAAUGUUUACAACAGUAAAUAAUUUGAAUUCAGUAAAUUUAUUGAUCAUUGUAUCAGACAUGCAUGCAUUCAUUAAACCAUUUU